CACACGAAGAUGCUGCCUUGGCUUUUAGUCUUCUCUGCUUUGGUGUUCCCAGCCUGGGGUGUUUCUUCCUUGGACAAAACACAAGCUAAACAGGUGUCAGAGGGGCUGCAGCACCUGUUUGGCAACAUCUCUCAGCUCAUUGAAAAGAGCAAACUAAGUCUUGAUGAUGUCUUCACCAUAGUCUCUCGCAAGGAGUGGGGGGCAGAAGCUGUUAGCUGCAGCUCUCGGCUGACCAGGCCAGUGGAGGUCCUUGUCACACACCACAUCUUUGGAUCGGAGUGCCAUAACCAGGCUGCCUGUAGCCAGAAGCUGCGGGAACUGCAGGCCUACCAUGUCCACAACAAUAGCGCAUGCGAUGUGGCCUACAACUUUCUGGUUGGGAAUGAUGGCAGGGUGUAUGAAGGUGUUGGCUGGAACAUUCAAGGCUUGCACACCCAAGGCUACAACAAUAUCUCCCUGGGCAUCGCCUUCUUUGGCAGCAAGGAAGGACACAGUCCCAGCCCUGCUGCCCUGUCAGCCAUGAAGGGCCUCAUCUCCUAUGCUGUCCAGAAGGGCUACUUGUCAUCUGGGUACAUCCAACCACUUCUUGUGAAAGGCGAGAACUGUCUGGCCCCUCCCCUGAAGGAGAAUCUGAAGAAAGCUUGCCCUAACAUUGUCCCACGGUCUGCCUGGGGGGCUAGGAAGGCCCACUGCCCCAGCUUGACCCUGCCUGCUAGGUACGUCAUCAUCCUCCACACCGGUGGGAGAACCUGCAGCAUGUAUGAUGAGUGUCGCCUGCUGGUCCGAGAUCUCCAGUCCUACUUCUUGGACACGCUCAGUGCAUGUGACAUUGGGUAUAACUUUGCUGUGGGUCAGGAUGGCGGUAUAUACGAAGGGGUAGGCUGGAACGUUCAAGGCUCUCGCGUUGCUGGCUACAAUGACAUUGCUUUGUCCAUCACCUUCAUGGGAACCUUUUCAGGUACCCCUCCCAAUGCCACAGCACUGAAGGCAGCCCAGGACCUGAUCCAGUGUGCUGUUGACAAGGGCUCCCUAGCCUCCAACUACCUGCUGAUGGGCCACAGCGAUGUUGUCAACACUCUGUCCCCGGGGAAGGCUUUGUAUGAUAUCAUCAAGACGUGGCCUCACUUCAAACACUGAGGGAGCCCCAGCUUCCUCUGGGUCUCUGUCUCAUCUCCCACCCUGAUUCAACAUGUGUCUUGCUCCCUGGUCAACCUCCAUUUGUCCCCUUUUUGCUUGGUUGGGAUGACCAGAUCGUCCCCUGAUGACAUCUUCCAUUGUCCCUCAGCUUGGGCACCCACAGCCUCAGUGUCUGGGCCUAAUGUACUAUCUACUUCCUCUCUUUCGGUCCCCACCUGCUCAGCCAGGUGAGAUGAUGCGUGGUACCUGUCACAUUACUCUUUCCCUUGGCACCUGUUCCUCUGCCUAGUUUGCCUUCUCCUGUGGUCUCCCUGGCAGUUCCCAGCCUUCUUCUAUCACCCAUUCCAGGGUGCCAAGCCCUCAUUUCCACUAUGUAUCAACUUGUACAGAUUUGGAUGCAGGCCUUAUUAAAGAUGCUGCAGGUGCUGAAGAAAUGGAAGAAUAGAUGAAAAAGUGGAUGCUACUACCUGCUCACCGGGCCAGAUUACUCCACCAUCUCUCUCUGGGAGAUUUUCCUAGACAGUUCUUCAUUCCACCAGCAUUCUGUCCAUCCCGAUUAUCCCUCCCAGAGUCCCAGGCCUGACUUGGGUGGCUUGUCUCUACUGGGUCCUGUAUCCCUAGAGCCUUGUGCCAUUGCCUCCUCCACACCCCCCAAUAUCCUGAGGGCUGGGCCCAUGCAGCCGCCUAGAGCCAGGACAAGGCUAUGUCCACAGAAGCUGCCCAGUGCCUGCUGCCCACUUGUGCCUGGCUGGGCCAAGCUGGGCAGAGAGUGGACACAGAGCCUGACACUCUGUAGCUCUCCCUGCCCCAGAUCUUCAUCCCAUCUGUUGAAAGCACACAAAGAGUGGCUCAUUUUCUCUGGGAUUUUGGUAUGCAAGAAAGAAGAGGA